AUGGAGAGGCUUCAGAGCCAGGUGGCUGACGCGGAGCAGCGCCUGCGAGACACACAGAACCAGCUGCGGCUGGUACAGGAGGAGCUGUGGCAGAAGGAGGACGCGGUGAAGGAGGCGCAGGGGUGGGCGGCACACGGGCAGGACAUGGAGGCCCACGUGGCAGCCAUCACAGCAGCCAAUCAGAGCCUGCAUGGGGAACUCAGGGAACGCACGGACCAGUGCCACCAUCUGUUUGCCGUCACGCACCAGCUCAGGCAGCAGGCUCACGCUUUUCCUACUCCAUCCCCCUUCUGCCCUCCUCCCGGCCCUCUCGCCCCCUGCCCCCCGCACCAGUUGGCGGAGAGUGAGCGGUACCACAUGCAGCUGAUGCAGCGCCUGCACAUGGAGAACACGGACCUGCGCUGCAGGCUCGGCGCCCUCCCUGCCGCUGCUCCGGGCGCCGGUGGCUCGGCAGUGGCAGGCGCGGCAGCAGGCGCAGGAGCAGGAGCAGCUGGUGUUGGUACAGCAGGAGGCGCAGUGAAUGCUGGGGGCACAGGGAUUGCAGGAGGGCAGGCAGCAGCAGGAGGAGCAGGCACACUGGGGGCAUCUGGAGGGGGCAGUGGGGGGGCCACGGGUGCAGGAAGGGAAACAGGAGGGGUUGUGCAGGGAACUGGGACAGCGAUGGGUGGCGCUGGUGCUGGUGCUGGUGCUGGUGCUGGUGCUGGUGGCAGCAAGGACGGGAAGAGCGAAGCAGCAGCAGCACAUGCAGGACAGGCCCACCCGCCCAUGGCGCCACACGCCUAUCUCAUCCGCCCACACAUGUCCCACCCCUUCUACGCUGCACCCAUGCAAACCGGAGCAGCACAGGCUGCAGGGGUGCAGGCAGGACAUGCGGUUACAGGGCUACCAGGGCAGAGUCAGCAACACAUGCAGAACCAGGGACAGGGGCAGGGGCACGGGCAGGGGCAGACGCAGGGGCAGGGACAGGGGCAAACACAUGCGCAGGUGCCAAAACCGCAGGGGCAACAGCAAAGCCAGCAGCAGCAGCAGCAGCAGCAGCAAGCGGUGGUGAUGCAUCACAUCACUCACCCCAUGAGCAACCAGCCACUCCCCCUGAACCCCACACCCCAGCAGCAGCAGCAUGCGAGCAGCCUUACCUUUGGUUCUGGGACUAGCAAUGGUCCAAGUAGCAGCAACACCACUGGUGGCACAGGGGAGAAGGGCAGGGAGAGCGGUGGCAGCAGCAGCACAAGUGAUAGAGCCCCAGUAGGCGAGAAUGCAAAUGGGCACAUGGGCAGCAUCAGUGCUGAUGCUACUCCGAGAAACAGCUUUUCCACUGCUGCUGCUGCCCCUCGGAAGCUCGCUGCCAGUCCCAUCACGCAGCGGUCACCACCCCGAGGGGUGGAUGUAGGGUUGGGAGGCGUGGCUUACGUGCCUGAACGCCCUAGUGGGGAGGCCUCAGGUGCAGCAGAGUCAGGUGCAGGUGUGGAUGGGAAGUCAGCGAUUGAAGGUAAAGUGGGGAUUGAACCUCUACCUGCGUCAGCUGUGCUGGUUGCAGGGAGCACUGGGUUGAAGGACGAGAGGGCGCUGCUGACGUGCAUCGUGCGAACGCUCUCAGCGGACAGGGGCGCCAAGGCCCUCAUCUCCUCCACCGUCGCCCCCCGCCUUGCCCGACUGCUUGCCCCGCUAACCUGGGCGCACUACGAGCCGCUAUACGGGUCGCUGCAUCAGCUUAUCGCGUCCAAGCCUGAGUUGUUUGGCAUGGAGGGACCGGACCAUGUGUUCCUGAGAAGCAACGCGCAUGCCAUCAUCGCCACACUCCCCCUCCACCCCACCAUGCCUCUCCCCCAUCCCUCCUCCUCCAUCCCCUCCCCUGCCACCUCCCUUCCACUCGCCCUCACCCCCGCCGCCCCUCGCCCCCUUGCUCCGCGCUCACCCCCUCCUGAUGCUUCUAUUCCUUCCGGUGCUGUAACCGGUGCUGCUGUUGUAACCGGUUCUGGUGCGAGUACUACCCCUGCUAAAGCUGCGGGUGGUGCGGGCAGUGGGGGUGCAGCAGGUGGCGAUGAGGGGGUGUUGAGGCGCGAGGUUGUGGGGCCGGGGGUGGAAGGGGCGGGGAGAGGCAGCCGCCUGUGGUUUGCCAAUGCUGCACGGUGA